ACACACACACACACACACAUACCACACCCCUGACUGCAAACCUAUAAACCCAGCGUCCCUUUAACAACUUUUACACCAACCUCGCCACCAUCUCCAUCUCUCUUGGCAGCCAUGAGCAGCUGGAAACGCAUAAACACGGUACGCAAGGUGCCGAACUUCAGCAGCCGCUCUCUCGGCUCGCAAGCUGGUUCUGAAAGGACCAUUUCACGCUUAGGAAACUCAUAUUUUGGGUUUGGGAAUCAUGCUGGCCCUGGGUCCUCCAUCAAAGCUGUGGUGGUGGAUGAGAGACUCUUGGAGCCACUGCAUCUGGAGCUCGGGGCGAACGUUCAUGCGAUCAAAGUGCAGGAGAAGGAGCAGAUCAAGAGCCUCAAUGAUCGCUUUGCCUCCUUCAUCGAUAAGGUGCGUCAUCUGGAGCAACAAAACAAGAUGCUAGAAACAAAGCUGCAGCUGUUACAAAGCGGCCCCAAGACCGACCCGGAUUUCGAGUCUAUGUUCAGGACGUACAUUCUCAAGUUACAGUCUCAACUCAACACCUUGGAGAAUCACAAAGAGCUCCUGAAUGCUGAACUCAGGAGCGUUCAUUUGCUGGUGGAGGGCAACAAAUACAAGUAUGAAGAAGAGAUUAACAAGAGAUACAGCGCAGAAAAUGAUUUUGUGUGUUUAAAGAAGGACGCUGACAAUGGCUACUUGGCUAAAGCUAGACUAGAGACGGAGCUGUCUGUAGUUCUACGAGAAUUGGACUUCAUAAAGGCAUUGUAUGCACAGGAAGUGUGGGAGCUAAAAGAGCAGCUGAAGAACACCUCAGUGGUGGUUGAGCUGGAUAACAGCAGGCAGCUGGAUAUGAAAAACGUAGUAAAGGAGUUGAAGAGUCAGUAUGACGAGGUCUCAGCACGGAGCCGCCAGGAAGCCGAGGCUUUGUACAAGAAAAAGAUUGAGCUGGUAGCGUCCCAGGUCGAGCAGCACAGCUCAGAGUUGAAGGGCAGUAAAAGUGAAAUUGCCAAGCUGAAGAGACUGAUCACAAAUUUGCAGGCAGACAUAAUGGCUGUCAAAGUUCAGUGUAAGAGCGUGGAUAAACAGAUCACGGAGGCAGAGCACUGUGGUAAGGAGGCAGUGUUUGAUGCUAAGAAACAACUGAAAAAACUGGAGGAGGCACUGCAUAUAAAGAAACAGGACAUGACCAGGCAGGUUCUUGAGUACCAGAAGCUGUUGAACAUCAAACUAGCACUGGACAUUGAGAUCGCCACCUACAAGAAACUUCUGGAAGGAGAGGAGAAGCGAAUCGGUCCAGAAUCCGUUACCCGUUUCCUGACCGUGCCAAACACCAGUCAACAAGAACCUGUGAAAACCAUCACUUGCACCAGCAUCUUCGUUAAGAUGAUCAAGACUUAAGACAGCAACUACGAGCAACUAAUUUCCUCACGUUUGAAGAUUAAUUUCUGAUAUACUAUAUGGACAAAUGUUUGUGGACCCCUUUUUGAACAUCUCAUUUGGUGCUCGUAGAUGUUCUACUACAUUAUGUGAAAAUUCAUUCAGACACAAGGGUGUUAGUAAAGUCAGGUAGUGAUGUAGGUGAGGUGAGGUGAAGGCCACUCAAGAUCUUCCAUUCCAGCCCUUGUAAAGCAUAUCUUUAUGAAGAUGGCUUUGAGCAGGUUUGGGCUCCUAGCGGAAAAAUUCAUGCUACAACAUUUAAAGACGUCCUGUACAAUAGUUUGUCUCCGACUUUGUGGUCCCCAACAGUUCCAAUACUUUAGUCCAUAUAGUGUAUGUAGUUGUAAAAUUGAGUGUUUGUGGGUGAUGGAGUCGUGAGUGUGAUGAAGCAUUUUUUUCACCAUUGAACACUUUUUUUUCUGGUGCUUAGUAAAGGAUAAUCCACGGCUAAGCAGAGGGCAUCAAAGGGCUGUAAAGCACACGUAGCCUUGAAUCAUCCCACAUAUACCAUGUUCAUUUGCUAGCAUUAAAGCUGUUGUUGAUGUCUGCAGUGACCGAAUGAAAAUGGACUGAAUGGUUAAAAUGACCAGUUGCUUCUUUACAAGUUCAUCAAAUUCCAUCUUUAGCUUUUAUCCUGAUCACCAAAUCAGUUAAAUAUCCUCCAAAAAAAAUUUUUUUUCAUAACAUUUGAAUGUCCCAUUUCAUCUUUCAUCUUUAUUUGCUCUUAUAAUAAAUUCCACUCUUCUGGGAAUGUGUUCCACUAGAUUUCUUUCACAUACGAGGUUUGUGGUCAUUCAGCCAGUCAGGUGCUGCUGUAGGUGAGGCGAGGAGCCCUGGGGGUGCAGUCAGCAUCAAAAAUCCAUCCCAUUUGUGUUCAAUGAGAUCAGAGCUCUUAAGCAGAAGAUCUUCCACUCCAACCCAUGGAAAGCAUAUCUUCGUAGAGCUGGCUUUGUGCACAGAGGCAUUGUCAUGCUGGAGCAGGUUUGGGUCUCCUAGCUGAAAGGAAACCUUUUUUAUGCAAGCGCAUCUAGAGAUCUUUUGGUAACAGUUUGGUGAAGAAUACAUAUGGCUGGAAAAGGUGAAUAUUUCUCGCAGUCUAAUGGUUAACUAUGGCUAACAUUCAGUAUUUUGGCAUUCUCAUUUGUUUUGUGUAAAUGAUCUUAUACUCUUAAAUCUGAUCAUUUGAAACAUUUAUUUGCUAUAACAAGCUUAACCAAGACUACAUAAAAAUGCU